AUGACGGAGACCGAACAGCAACGGCAUGAGCUGAGGCUUCCAUAUUUCGCUCGUCCUAGAGCCUUUCCGAAUUGUCUGCUACAGAUCGGGGUUCAGCUGUUAGCUAUAUUGGAUCCAAUUAGCUCUAUUGUUGGUUUCUCUGAAGAAAGCUGUGGCUUGGAACGUUCCUCGCCAACUUCCUCAGAGGACCCAAAGGGUGUCAAAUUCUAUCAUGCAACGACGAAAGAGUUCAUUGCGGGGGAUCCGAUUGGUAACGAGAAUGACAGAGUAUUCUUUAUCAAUGAUGUGAACAAGUAUUUCCUCGGACCACGGCUCCUCCGAUUUUUCAAUAACAGUUGUGAGCGGGAUGUGUUUGGGGAGCCUGCCAUUCUUCUCCCUUUAGGAGACAAACGAAAAUGGGACGAUUUUAUGGAGAGAGAACUUCAUAGCCCCCAGCAUCUCCGAUAUACUCGUCCUCGUCGACAUUUAUUGAAACACUUGGCGGCGCGCUCCUUCCAUUUCUCGAUAAUGAAUUGCGAUUCAUUCAAGCUCCGAGAGAAGCUCAAGAAGAAUCGCGCAUAA